GCUCGGGCAGAGAAACUCUGAGUGGUACAAAGGGACGUGCCCAGAGUGAAGAAAUCAUGCUAAUUGUCUCCACCAGAGCUGGAGAACGCCACCCAAAAUGAGGAGAGAAAGGGGAGCCCUGUCCAGAGCCUUCAGCGUCCUGCGCCUCACUCCUUUUGUCUACCUUCUCCUGAUCCAGACAGAGCCCCUGCAGGGGGUGAACAUCACCAGCCCGGUCCGCCUGAUCCAUGGCACGGUGGGGAAGUCGGCCCUGCUGUCCGUGCAGUACAGCAGCACCAGCAGUGACAAGCCUGUGGUGAAGUGGCAGCUGAAAAGGGACAAGCCAGUGACCGUGGUACAGUCCAUUGGCACAGAGGUCAUCGGCACCCUGCGGCCCGACUACCGAGACCGCAUCCGCCUCUUUGAAAAUGGCUCCCUGCUGCUCAGCGACCUGCAGCUGGCGGAUGAGGGCACCUACGAGGUCGAGAUCUCCAUCACUGACGACACCUUCACGGGGGAGAAGACCAUCAACCUCACUGUCGACGUGCCCAUUUCAAGGCCACAGGUGUUAGUGGCUUCGACCACUGUGCUGGAGCUCAGCGAAGCCUUCACCCUGAACUGCUCUCAUGAGAACGGCACCAAGCCCAGCUACACCUGGCUGAAAGACGGCAAGCCUCUCCUCAAUGACUCGCGAAUGCUCCUGUCCCCUGACCAAAAGGUACUCACCAUCACCCGCGUGCUCAUGGAGGACGACGACUUGUACAGCUGUGUGGUGGAGAACCCCAUCAGCCAGGGCCGCAGCCUGCCCAUCAAAAUCACUGUGUACAGAAGAAGCUCGCUCUACAUCAUCUUGUCCACAGGAGGCAUCUUCCUCCUUGUGACUCUGGUGACGGUCUGUGCCUGCUGGAAACCCUCCAAAAAGUCUGGAAAGAAGAGGAAACUGGAGAAACAAAACUCCCUGGAAUACAUGGAUCAGAAUGAUGAUGGCCUGAAACCAGAAGGUGAGCUCCCGGCGGCCCACUCGCCGGUCCAGUCCUCACCUAGACCAGCAGGCUGCUGGGAAAAGGCGGAAGUGGGCCACAAGGAAGCCGGCUCUGCAGGGCCCCUUCCUCCACCAACAGCUCGAAGACUACAGAGCAGGGAGCGGUGCGGCCAAGCAGAUGCCCUUCCCCGAAGCGCGGAGCAGGAGCGAAAGAACCCCAUGGCACUCUACAUCCUGAAGGACAAGGACGCCCCGGAGACCGAGGAGGAGCCUGCGACCGAGCCCCGGAGCGCAACGGAGCCAGGCCCGCCCGCCUACUCCGUGUCACCCGCAGUUCCCGGCCGCUCACCCGGGCUGCCGGUGCGCUCUGCCCGCCGGUACCCACGCUCGCCGGUGCCCUCCCCUGCCCCGGGCCGGACGCACACGUCGCCGUCUAGGGCGCCCGGCUCGCCUAGUCGUUCGCGCUCACUCCGGACUGCGGGCGCGCGCCUGAUCCGGGAGCAGGAGGAGGCCGGCCCGGUGGGGAUCAGCGCCUGAACCGUCCGGGACCCGCCCUCCCUCACGGGUGCCCGCCGGGGUGGUGGGAGAGGCUGCAAAGCUGGA